CCUGCCUUUCUGGACUCUUUCAAUACCCAGCAUUCUCCAGCCACACUGGACCGCCAGAUAUCACCUCACAGCACGCACACCCAAGUCUCGGUGCUCUCCUCCACCCCGCCCUGCCCCAGCUCCCAGAAAAUCCUGAGUCAUCAAAUCUUCUUCCAAGCAAGACCUGUGAUCCUUUCUGUCUUAGAUUUUGAGCAGAGCAUGGUCCUCGCUGCCUGUGGGCCAUAUACAACGUCUGACAGCAUCACAUACGACCCCCUGCAUGACCUGAUUGCUGUCAUCAAUCACGACCGGCCAGAUGUCUGCGUCCUGUUUGGUCCUUUUCUGGAUGCCAAGCAUGAACAGGUGGAGAACUGUCUACUGACAAGUCCAUUUGAAGAUGUUUUCAAGCAAUGUCUACGAACAAUUAUUGAAGGCACGAGAAGCUCCGGCGCCCACCUUGUUUUUGUCCCAUCACUGAGAGAUGUGCACCACGAACCCGUGUACCCGCAGCCACCUUUCAGCCACUCUGAUCUUUCUCGAGAGGACAAAAAGCGAGUCCUGUUUGUGUCCGAGCCCUGCAGCCUCUCAAUAAAUGGAGUGAUCUUUGGCUUAACGUCCACGGAUCUACUGUUCCACAUGGGGGCCGAGGAGAUCAGUAGUUGUUCUGGAACUUCAGACAGAUUCAGCCGAAUACUCAAGCACAUCCUGACUCAGAGGAGCUACUACCCACUCUACCCACCCCAGGAAGACAUGUCCAUUGACUUUGAGACUUUCUAUGUCUAUGCGCAGCUGCCUGUCACCCCAGACAUCUUCAUAAUCCCGUCAGAGCUGAGGUACUUUGUGAAGAACGUCCUCGGCUGUGUCUGCGUGAAUCCUGGGCGCCUGACCAAAGGGCAGGUGGGAGGCACCUUCAGCCGUCUCUACCUCAGGAGGCCGGCCGUGGACGGGCAGCGGAGGCAGAGUCCAUGUGUUGCCGCCCAAGUGGUCAGAAUCUGAGGCCUCUGUCUUCUGCCAUUCCCACCGGGCGGGCCCCAGAAGACAGCCGAGCCCUGAGAUGCAGCUCUUGGAUAAGAUCGUGCUGUUGCGUGGUGAAAGAGGGCCCUGGGGGGCCCAGCAGCGAGGACUUGGCAGGAAGCUCGAGCUUCUUGGGGGAAGCUCAGGCUUGACAGGGCACACGUGGUAUCCAGGAGUGAACUGGCAAAGGAUGCUGCCUGCUCAGAAGAGGUGAAAGGCUUUGUGAUUUUCUGCAUGAACCAAACACAGUAACAACUCUUGGAGAAACAAAAAUAUAUUCUGAGUCUGCCUCCUCAGUUUA